GUUUCAUAAAGCGACCCAGCCCACUUCGAGCCAAAAAAUUAUGUUAGAACCUCCAAUUUUUAUAAUAACUGAAACUUGGGGUUUGUUGAGUCGCGCUAACGCAAGUUAUUUCUAGAGGUUUCCACCAUCUUGCAGAUUUGUACUGUUACUGUGAUUCUAAAAGUAUUGCCGAACAGUCAUCAUCUUAAGGAUCCAUGUCUUUUUUGCGUUGGGUCUCAGAGAAACUCAGUGUGGAAAGUCUGAGGGAUCUGGAAUUAUUUGGAGAGCAAACUCAGGCAAGCCCACUAAGGAAAGCCAAUGAGGACAGUGAAGAGUCUCUGAACCCUUUCCCACACAGGGACACCAUGGAAAGCUUUCUGUCUGACAGUAACGCUUAUGAGCUGCUCACUCUCAUAGGUCGGGGUUUUGAGUACUUGAUGACAGUUAACCUGGCCAGAUACAAACCUACAGGGGAGCAUGUGGCAAUCCGACGCAUUGACCUGGACUCCUGCACCAAUGACAUGGUCAAUUACUUACAGGGAGAACUCCAUGUCUCUAAGCUGUUCCACCACCCCUGUAUCCUCCCAUACAAGAGUGUCUUCAUUGCUGAGAAUGAACUGUGGGUGAUCACACCCUUCAUGGCUUACGGAUCAGCACGGGAUUUAAUUAGUACACAUUUUACUGAUGGUUUGAGUGAGCAGACAAUUGCCUACAUAUUGCUGGGUGUUCUAAGAGCCCUGGAGUACAUACAUCAGAUGGGUUAUGUUCACCGGAGUGUGCAGGCAAGCCAUGUGCUGAUUUCGGCAGAUGGACAUGUGUAUCUCUCUGGUCUUAGGAGUAUCUUUAGUUUGAUCCGUCAUGGUCAGAGAGCACGCGUCGUCCAUGAUUUCCCCCAGUACAGUGUUAAAGUAUUACCUUGGCUCAGUCCAGAGGUUUUGCAGCAGAAUCUUCAGGGAUAUGACUUCCGCUCAGAUAUCUACAGUUUGGGCAUCACUGCAUGCGAGCUAGCGAAUGGACACGUGCCCUUUAAAGAUAUGCCUGCUACGCAGAUGUUGUUAGAAAAGUUGAAUGGUACAGUCCAUUGCCUACUGGACACCACCACCAUUCCCCCUGAAGAACUGAGCAUGAAGCCAUCUCGCUCAGGGGCCGACUCUGGGAUCUGCGAGGGCCCCAGUGCUGGAGGAGCUCACCACACUAAUGGAGAGCCCUCAUCCUCCUCUGGGGGAAACCCUUACAGCCGGACUUUCAGUCCUCACUUCCAUGCCUUUGUGGAACUUUGUCUACAGAGAGACCCCGAGAAAAGACCCUCUGCCAGCACUUUGAUAGGCCAUUCCUUCUUCAAACAGAUUAAGCGCAGACCAUCUGAGGUUCUUCCUGAGCUUCUGCGUCCAGUUUCCCCAAUCAGCAGUCUAGAGUGCAACCAAACUCAGUAUUCCCCCACUGGGCUGGCCAGUCUGGAGUCUGAUCUGAGCCAGCUGGAUGUUGAUGACUGGGACUUCUGAGUAGAUAAGAAAUAGAGGGGAUGAUGGAAUAGAUGUACAGGGCUUAGUGACCAUAGGACUCUGAUGGGACUCUUAUGAGAAAGCAUGAUUGGGAGUUGUGGAUGAUUUUGCUGUUAUAACAAAGGAAGACUUGUUCUAUGAAUGUGGAAUAGACGUUAUAAGGAGAUUCUACAAGGAACGCUGGAAUGUUUCUUGAUGUCUUUGUCAUUUUGUAUAUCAAGUACAAGGAGAAGCAUUUUCUUACAAAGAAAUGAAAAGCCAGCAGCUACCAUAGCCUUGCUAAAGCACUUACUAUACUUUACACUUACAGGCUUGCCAUGUUACAAUGAUCACUUGAGGCUACUGAAACGUUCUAUGUGCUUCAAAAGCACUAAUGACACUCUAUAAAUGUCUUCUAGCGUAGCGCAGCUGGCAGCAACACAGGGAUCACAAGAGUUUUGUUCACAUAUAAAGCAGGGCUUAAGGGCACAUUAAGUACAUGAAUUCCCAUGUCAAUUGGAUUUGUCAAGUGAAGCAUAAAGAGCUUUGAAGUCAACCGAGAACGACAUGGGUUGAUUCAGUUUACCUAAAAACAACACUGUCCAAUCUAUGGCUGGAUCACCUUCCCUGUGAGUUGUGUUACUGAAAUUUCUUCCCUCUUCAUAAUUGGUAACUCCACC